UAUUUUUUCAAAAAGCCCAAGUUUUUCUCAACUGACACACCCGCGUUUUCUCUCUUCCUCGCCGGAGUCAGUCAGACACCGAAGCUGAUCAUCAUACCACCGUCGUCGUCGCCGACGCCGGCCCCAGUACGAACUUUGAGAAGCAAAGAAUUCGACCAAAGAGAGAGAGAGAGAGAGAGAGAGAGAGAGAGAGAGAGAGAGAGAGAGUGGGGAGAGUGUUUGGAUUGGUUAUGGGGAACUGCAACGCAUGCAUCAGAGCAGAGACAGCGGACGACAAGUCGUACCACUCGAAGAAGAACAAGAACAAUAACAGCAACAACAGGAAGAAGAAGAAGAAGAAGAAUAGCAGGGAGAGAAGACCCAAUCCUUAUUCGGAGGACCCAAUCCGAUCCCCAGCUCCGAUUCGGGUUUUAAAGGACGUGAUCCCACUGAGUCACCGGACUCGGAUCGGAGACAAGUACAUACUGGGUCGUGAACUCGGACGCGGCGAGUUCGGAAUCACGUAUCUCUGUACCGACCGAGAGACCAAACAAACCCUCGCUUGCAAAUCAAUUUCUAAACGAAAGCUCAGAACUGCGGUGGAUAUAGAGGACGUGAGAAGAGAGGUUGCGAUAAUGUCAACUCUGCCUGAGCACCCAAACAUUGUAAAGCUGAAAGCGACGUACGAGGACAGCGAGAAUGUGCAUUUGGUUAUGGAGCUUUGCGAAGGAGGUGAGCUUUUCGAUAGGAUUGUGGCGAGAGGGCAUUACAGCGAGCGAGCCGCGGCUACAGUCGUCAGGACCAUAGCCGAGGUGGUGAGGAUGUGUCACGCCAAUGGAGUUAUGCACAGGGACCUGAAGCCCGAGAAUUUCUUGUACGCUAACAGGAAAGAGCAUUCGCCGCUUAAGGCCAUUGAUUUUGGCCUCUCGGUGUUCUUCAAGCCUGGGGAGAGAUUUUCGGAGAUCGUGGGGAGUCCGUACUACAUGGCACCGGAGGUGUUGAAAAGAAAUUAUGGACCGGAAGUUGAUAUAUGGAGUGCCGGAGUGAUUCUUUAUAUACUGUUAUGUGGGGUUCCUCCAUUUUGGGCAGAGACUGAACAGGGUGUUGCUCUUGCAAUUUUGAGGGGUGUGAUUGAUUUUAAGAGAGAACCGUGGCCUCAGAUUUCAGAUAGUGCUAAAAGCCUUGUCCGGAAGAUGUUAGAACCGGAUCCGAGAAAGCGCUUGACUGCUCAACAGGUGCUUGAACAUUCCUGGUUACAAAAUGCAAAGAAAACUUCAAAUGUUCCAUUAAGUGACAUUGUAAGAACAAGGCUUAAGCAGUUCUCUGUCAUGAAUAGGUUCAAAAAGAAAGCGUUGAGGGUAAUUGCAGAACACUUAUCUGUUGAAGAAGUAGAAGUAAUAAGAGAUAUGUUUACAUUGAUGGAUACUGACAAAGAUGGCAAAGUAUCAUAUGAGGAGCUUAAGGCUGGGCUUAGAAAGGUUGGUUCACAAUUGGCUGAACCAGAGAUGAAGAUGCUGAUGGAAGUGGCUGAUGUUGAUGGGAAUGGAGUACUGGACUAUGGAGAGUUUGUAGCAGUCACAAUUCACUUGCAGAAGAUGGAGAACGAUGAGCAUUUCCGUAGGGCGUUUAUGUUUUUCGACAAAGAUGGUAGUGGAUAUAUCGAAGCAAGUGAGCUUGGGGAAGCCUUAGCGGAUGAAUCUGGGGAAACUGAUAAUGAUGUGCUGAAUGACAUCAUGCGAGAAGUUGAUACAGACAAGGAUGGACGUAUCAGUUACGAGGAGUUUGUUUCCAUGAUGAAAACUGGAACUGAUUGGAGAAAAGCAUCUCGACAAUAUUCGAGAGAAAGAUUCAAAAGUUUGAGUCUCAACCUGAUGAAAGAUGGUUCGCUGCAGCUUCAUGACAGUCUUACAGGUCAAGCUAUUGCUGUAUGAGCCUAAAGUUUUCGCAAUCUAUUUUGUUUUGCGCCUGCUGAGUGUUGCCUUUAUCAUCCAUAUGCCUGAGGAAUAUCGGCUGACAGAAUGAGUUACCGGAGCCAUACUUAAUGCACGGCCAAUUUUCUUGACCUGACCUAGAAUGGUUUUAGGCUGUAUGAAGCUGGAGUUAAAAGGACUUGCAUUAUGAACUAUAGUUGUCAGCUUUUAGUGGGGGAUAUUGGAUAUGCAUACUUGUAACUUACCGUUUCCAAAUUCUAUGUCAAAGUCUACUUGUAUAUUUAUCAUGUCAUUUGUGCUUGAAAUGAUUUGAUUUAGUAUUUGUGCAGAAAAGUUGUGUUUUUAUUGGUGAUGUGAACUUUUUGAGGGCAUCUUCUAAGAGUCUUUGUUCUAUAUAUAUAUAUAUAUAUAUAUAUAUUUAAAAAGCAUAUUAUAAUU